CCCAGAUCUGGCCCUCGUGUGUCUCGCGUCAGUUCCUGUAACGUCAACUCCUGCGUUGUAUGUGUGCGCAUGUGCAUGUUGAGCGCUGUUUAUGUUUGAGUGUGUGUGUUUGAGUGUGCUCCACCACCUCAAAAUACUGCGCACUUUACGAACCGACAGCGCGGACACCGAGAUGGCCGCAGCCGCCCCGAACCCUGAGGACGCUAGCCGAAACAGCGGCAGUCCGAGCUCGGCGAGCUCUCUAUCGGGAGACGGAGAGUCCGAGGAGGCCGAGGAGUUCGCCUCCGCGACCCACUGCUCAGAGCUCUCCCGACGGCAGAACGAGCAGCGGAAGCUCGGGCUCUUCUGCGACGUGACGCUGGCGUUCAGCAGCUCUCCGGGAGCCGCCAACAGCUUCGAGUUCACCGCACACCGCUCAGUCCUGGCCGCGGCCACGGAUUACUUCACGCCGCUGCUCGGUGGUCAGUUUUCGGAGUCGGUGACGCGGCGGGUGGAGAUGAAGGAGUGGAGCAGCGAGGCAGGCCUCGACCAGGAGACGGUGGAGAGCGUAAUCCAGUUCAUGUAUACGGGCGAGAUCCGAGUGAGCACCGCCAAUGUGCAUGAGGUGCUGGAACUGGCAGACAGGUUCUUGCUUGUGCAAUUAAAGGAUUUUUGUGGGGAAUUUCUCAAGAGGAAGCUCAGCCUGGGCAACUGUGUGGCCGUCCAUAGCCUUGCACACAUGUACACUUUGGAUCAGCUGGCCUUGCGUGCUGCCGACAUGAUUCGUCGCAACUUCCACAAAGUCAUUCAGGAUGAGGAAUUUUACACGCUUCCGUUCCACCUGGUCAGAGACUGGCUGUCUGACGCAGAGAUAACAGUUGACUCUGAGGAGGUUCUGUUCGAUGCUGUGGUCAAAUGGGUUCAGAAGAGCUCAGAAGAACGUGUGAAGUAUUUCGAGGAGCUCUUUCGUCUCCUCAGGCUGCCACAGAUAAAGCCGACCUAUCUCACGAGAGUUGUGAAGAACGAGCCGUUGGUCGCACAGAACGCAGCCUGCCUACAGCUUGUGUCGGAGGCCGUGGAGGGUCACGCGAUCCGCUUCGAGAACCUCAAAUCUGCAGAUACAGAGUUCUGGGCCUCGUACAUGGCCACGUUCCAACCAAGAUUUGGCCAGAACAUGGAUGUUAUCAUGGUAGUCGGUGGGGUCUCUGAAGGAGGCGACUACCUAAGUGAGUGCGUAGGGUACUUUGUAUACGAGGACCGUUGGGUCAAUUUGCCACACAUCCAUAACCAUCUGGAUGGUCACGCUAUUGCUGCCACCGAUACACAUGUAUACGUGGCUGGGUCCAUGGAGCCAGGAUUUGCCAAGACGGUGGAGCGCUACAAUCCAAAUCGCAACACAUGGGAACAAGUGAGCAACCUCACCACACGAAAGCAUUCCUUCGGGCUCACAUGCAUCAAAAAUAUCCUGUAUAGCAUCGGUGGUCAUGGCAACUUCAGCCCCGGCUUCAAGGAUGUGAGCGUCUACGAACCCGACCAAGACAAGUGGCACAACCUAGAAUCUGCCCCUAAGAUUUUAAGAGACGUCAAGGCCAUUAGUGUCGAAGAUCGUUAUGUUUAUGUAACGGCGCGAACACCCGUAGAUACCGACAGCGAUGACGGGUUGAAGACGGUCACUACUCGCUACGACACCGACAGUCGCCAGUGGCAGGAAGUGGACUCCUUACCGCUUAUCGACAACUACUGCUUGUUCCAAAUGGCUGUGGCGUCGACUAACUUCUACCACACGGCGUCCUGCUGUCCCAAGAGUUACACCAACGUACGUGAUGAGGCAGCUCGGCAGAAGAUCACCGCGAGGAUCUCCGAUGAUAUCCUUGAGAGUCUUCCGCCGGAAGUUACCAGUAUCGAGGGGGCGGCUAUCUGCUAUCUUGGCGAUGAUGUGUUUGUGAUUGGUGGCUGGAAGAACAGUGACGAUGUGGACAAGCAGUAUCGAAAAGAGGCGUAUCGGUAUUGCGCCGAGCGCAAGCGCUGGAUGCUUCUGCCGCCAAUGCCUCAACCUCGCUGCCGUGCCACAGCGUGCCACGUGCGCAUUCCCUACCGCUUUCUUUACGGGUGUCAGCGCUACCCAAUGCCACAGAAUUUGGCACGGCAGAGGGACCGUAUGCAGCAAAUGCAGCAGUUGCAUCGUCGCACGUUAACUCUACGCAGGCAGUUACAAUCCCAGAUUGAAUGCUGAGAGCCAUUAUUGCUCAAUAGAAGAACUGCUGCAAAAAAAAAAAAUGUGAUAAUAUAGCAUUCCCAUGAUCCCAUUGUCAUUUAAAAUGUGUGUUAUUUGUUUACUUGUGACAUUUCAUCACUUGGAGAGUGAAUGAAAUGGAUGAUGCUGAUAAAGAAGAGAGUAUUUUCAAUGUGACUGUUUGAAUAAUAGAUUCCUAUAAAUAUGUAAAAAAAGAUACGUUUGUUAAUAUCCGUACACAUGAAACAUUGUUUCAUGGGGUUGCAUGAAUUUGCCUUAUUCCCGUUGUCGGCAAGUCGCAGAAUGCUGCAUUUAAUUUACCUUAGUCAUAACGUUCCAUGUGGUGAUGGUUGUCAUCUACAUUUGCAGGGAGUGACCGUGUCAUGCUGUAAUGAA